AUGGCAAUUGAAAAUGAUAUAUUGGAAAAGGUCCACAUCGAAGAAGUCGUGUGGAGCGACUUAAAAAAUAACACUAAAAAGAAAGCAGCAAAAAUUAAUAAGGGUGCUAGAGGUACUGGUGGUGGGCCUGCUUUACAAAUCCGACUCUCUGAGCUGGAGGAGCGAGUCCUCAGUAUACUCGGGCCGCAAGCUGCUUCAGGUCUGAUGGGGGUGCCUGAAACUGGUUUUUUCAGGUUACAUUUUUUCUUGCUGGACCGUCAGACCAGCCUCAUGUACCAACACCGACGAAGACGCCACCGCCAGUUCACCAGGAGGAUAUUGCACCAGCUCAUCGUCAGCCAGCUCAACGAGGGCAGACACCUCGUCGUCGGCACGCGAAAUUUUCUCCGAAAAAAACAUGAGGAUGAAAUUGAACUCGAGAGAGAAAAGCUGCGCAUUAAAGAAAAAGAAAUAUAUCAGCACCCUUGA